AUGGCUGCGGAGGAGGUGCUGCAGGGCGCGGAUCACUACAAGAGCGAGAUCGAGCGGCUGACCAGGGAGCUCUCCGAGACGACCCACGAGAAGAUCCAGGCGGCGGAAUAUGGGCUGGUGGUGCUGGAAGAGAAGCUCACCCUCAAGCAGCAGUACGACGAGCUGGAGGCGGAGUAUGACGGCCUCAAGCAGGAGCUGGAGCAGCUGAAGGAGGCAUUUGGACAGUCUUUCUCGAUUCACCGCAAAGUGGCUGAAGAUGGGGAAACACGAGAAGAGACGCUCCUCCAGGAAUCUGCAUCAAAAGAAGCUUAUUACCUGGGGAAGAUUUUGGAGAUGCAGAAUGAGCUGAAGCAGAGCAAGGCUGUGGUUACCAACGUUCAGGCAGAGAAUGAGAGACUCACUGCUAUCGUCCAAGACUUGAAAGAGAAUAAUGAGAUGGUGGAACUGCAGAGGAUACGAAUGAAGGACGAAAUUCGCGAGUACAAGUUUCGGGAGGCGAGGCUUCUGCAGGACUAUACCGAACUUGAAGAAGAAAAUAUCACUCUGCAGAAGCUGGUAUCCACGCUGAAACAGAACCAAGUUGAAUACGAAGGCUUAAAGCAUGAGAUUAAACGAUUUGAGGAGGAGACAGUAUUGCUUAAUAGUCAGCUAGAAGAUGCCAUCCGGCUGAAGGAGAUUGCUGAGCAUCAGCUGGAGGAAGCUCUGGAAACUUUAAAAAAUGAAAGGGAGCAAAAGAACAAUCUGAGAAAGGAACUUUCCCAGUACAUCAACCUCAAUGAUAGUAUGUACAAUAACCAUAUUAAUAUAUCAGUAGAUGGAUUAAAGUUUGCAGAAGAUACAAGUGAGCCCAACAAUGAUGACAAAAUGAAUGGACAUAUCCAUGGGUCUCUUGUGAAACUUAAUGGUGACUACCGAACUCCCACGAGUAGGAAAGGAGAAUCUCUGCACCCUGUCUCUGACCUCUUCAGUGAGCUCAACAUAUCAGAAAUACAGAAACUGAAGCAGCAAUUGAUGCAGGUGGAAAGAGAAAAGGCCAUUCUCCUGGCCAACCUGCAGGAAUCUCAGACGCAGCUGGAGCACACCAAAGGAGCCCUGACUGAACAACAUGAGCGAGUCCACAGGCUUACAGAGCACGUCAACGCCAUGAGGGGUCUGCAGAGCAACAAGGAGCUGAAAGCAGAGCAUGACUGUGAGAAGGGGCGAGACCCCAGUGAGGAAGCACAUGACUACGAAGUGGAUAUCAAUGGUUUGGAGAUCCUAGAAUGUAAAUACAAAGUAGCUGUUACGGAAGUGAUAGACCUUAAAGCAGAAAUCAAAGCCUUAAAGGAGAAAUAUAAUAAUUCUGUGGAAAACUACACUGAAGAGAAGGCCAAGUAUGAGAGCAGAAUCCAGACUUAUGAUGAACAGGUGACAAGCCUAGAGAAGUCAACCAAGGAAAGCCAGGAAAAGAUGGUGCACAUGGAAAAGGAAUUGCAAAGGAUGACAAGCAUAGCGAAUGAAAACCACAAUACCCUCAACACCGCCCAAGACGAGCUGGUAACGUUUAGUGAGGAGCUGGCUCAGCUCUACCAUCACGUCUGCCUGUGCAACAAUGAGACUCCUAACAGGGUCAUGUUGGACUAUUACAGGCAGAGCAGAGUUACCCGCAGUGGCAGCCUGAAAGGCCCGGAUGACCCACGGGGUCUUCUUUCCCCGCGGCUUGCCAGAAGGGGAAUGGCAUCACCUGUAGAAGCCAGGACUCCGACUGAGCAGGUGACAAAAGAGGCCGCAGAGCCUGGCAAGGAUCAAAGCCCAACGAAAACACCUACAAUUUCCCCUGUCAUCACUGCCCCUCCUUCCUCCCCGGUCUCCGACAGCAGUGACAUUCGCAAAGAGCCAAUGAACAUCUACAACCUCAAUGCCAUAAUAAGGGACCAAAUCAAGCAUUUGCAGAAAGCUGUAGAUCGGUCACUGCAGCUGUCGCGUCAGCGUGCUGCAGCCCGAGAGCUGGCACCCAUGAUUGAUAAAGACAAGGAGGCCUUAAUGGAAGAGAUUCUGAAACUGAAAUCCCUCCUGAGUACGAAGCGGGAGCAGAUAGCAACCCUGAGAGCAGUGCUGAAAGCCAACAAGCAGACAGCUGAAGUGGCAUUAGCCAAUCUGAAGAAUAAAUACGAAAAUGAAAAAGCUAUGGUGACUGAAACCAUGACCAAACUACGAAAUGAACUGAAGGCUUUGAAGGAGGAUGCGGCAACCUUCUCAUCCCUGAGAGCGAUGUUUGCAACCAGGUGUGAUGAGUACGUCACGCAGCUGGAUGAGAUGCAAAGGCAGCUGGCAGCUGCAGAGGAUGAGAAGAAGACCCUAAACUCUCUGUUGCGCAUGGCUAUCCAGCAAAAACUUGCCCUUACCCAACGACUGGAGGAUUUAGAGUUCGACCAUGAGCAGUCCCGACGCAGCAAAGGCAAGCUUGGAAAGAGCAAGAUCGGCAGCCCUAAAGUAAGUGAGGAGGCAUCAGCCACCGUGCCAACCAUAGACACUUUCCUCCUGCAUAGUCAGGGCCCACAGCAACCAAACUUACUGGUCAGCAGUGGCACUCAGAGGAAAAGACUAUUCUCACCUUCCCUUUGUGAUCAGAGCCAUCCCAGGACUUCAGGGACCUACCUCCAGAAAUUAUUAAGAGCCCCCCCUCAUCCCGCCUCCACAGAAUCAUAUCUUCUGAGGGGUCCCCCUUCCAUGAGUGAAUUCAUCCAUGGGCACCGUCUCAGCAAGGAAAAAAGGUUAACCGUGGCCACACCAGAUUGUCAGCAGCCUGCUGCCUCCAUACCGCCACACGGCUCACAACUAGCCAGGGGGCCAGAUUGCCAGAAUGUCAGUCCUAGUGCUCUUCCUGAAGAGCAGCCACAUUCCAGCUCUCAGUGUGCCCCUCUCAACUGUCUCUCUAAGCCUCCUCCUUACCCCUAAUCUUCAUAUGCAACGUAAGAGAAAACGCAAACAGAGUGGAGCUCGUGCAACAAAGGUUCGGGUUGUUCCCAGCGAGCGGGUAGACAAUCCUGCCUUGUUGCUGCAUCGAUAAGUCUGGAUUCAUAUCCACUGCUCUGGCAACUGAGGGAAGGUUGAGAAGAAGAACACAAAGCACAGAGCCCAACCUAUCGAGAAGACUUUUUAUGGUUCCUCUGAUUGUAUUCAAACUUUACUAUCACAACUAAAGUGUAGUGAAAUUUAAUAUCUCAACAGAAAUGUUCCUCCCAGCUGCUUGGCUUUACCUCUGAAAUAAUGAGAGACUUAAGCCAAUAUUAAUAAAGUAUGUUACUAAACCCUACCCUCAUAACCUCUGAGUUCAGCCAUAGGAACCAGUUCACAUUUUCUUUUGUCAUUAAGGGUGUGAUAUUUCCUUCUUGCUUUAUUUGCACCAUAAUUUUUUGUUUAUAAAAUGCAGUCUUUUUUUUUUGCAAGAGUUGUAUUUAAUUCUUUUUAUUUUAUUUUUUCUUUAAACAAGCAGAAAUAGCUGAAGUGAAGAAUGACUGUGUUAAUAUUAAAGAGAGGCUUGUUGUAUUGGCCAGCACACGGCCAAUUCUUAUUGCACAAAAAUGCUGGCAGUGGGUUGAAUCGAAAUGUUAGUGAUGACUGUAUAUUUUGCUGCUGCACUGAUACUGUUUAUGCACUUGUUUUUUAAUCCCUAUUUCAUUAGCUUCUGGUUUUGUUUGGGCUUUUCACUGGAAGAUUAUUAUUUAGCGUAAGGAGCUGAGAGGAUGAUGACGUGUUGGUUUGUUUUCUGUUUUGCUGCAUUGUAAUUCUGUUUUUGCAUUUCAGACAAGUAGAUGAAUUGGUGCUGUUUUUUGGAGUUACUUUCUAUUUGGUAUCUGAGAAAAAAAAAAGAAAAAAAAGAAAAUCUAAAACAAAUAUAAUGUCGUGUGCUAAUUAAAAACAUUCUUUCUUCCUGCUCCCAUAUUCAGGAUACUAGCUUGAGGCCUUACCCUGAAAGACUAGUAUGAAUGGUGAAGUUGCAGGUAUUCGGUGUGAAAUAUUCUAAGGUGAAAUAACUCCUGCAGGUAAGCUUAAUUAAUGGUGUGGAUCAAAGCUAGCAGGACUUCAGUGCAUUUUUUCCUUGCCAAAAAUCAACAGAUACAGAACCUUAGCUCAUGUCAGUUUAUGACAAAUACUCAGGUGAUCUACACUACACAGACUCUAUUGCAACAGUGCACAGUGCUCCUAGUUAAAGAUUCUUUCCUGUAAAAGCUGAAUAAUUUGUUGGGUUUCUCUUUCUUUUAUUUAUUUAAUUACUUUUUUUUUUUUUAAUAGCAAGUUUCAGAACAAAAUCAAGGAUAGCAAAAUUUACUUUGCACAGUACCUGACAGCAAGGUAAGCUGCUAAGCCGUAAUGGUUCGGCAUCUCUGGGGCUUCUCAUCUAGUCAUCACAUAGAAGUCUUCAUUGCUGCCCGCUUGUUGGUAGUUAGCAGUCCUUGCUCUGUCAGGUGGCCUUAAUUUAUUUACAGAACAAAGGCUUAGAUGUUUUCAUGUCUUUAUUCCUUCUCUGCAGUUCGAGUGUGAUUUACAAAUGGGAAACACGGCGCAGCCUAAGAUACAGAGCAGUUGGGCAAAAAUUGCUGCAGAUAUGGUUGGAAUAAUUUUUCACAUUCUGCCUGAGUCUGAGAAAAUGAACUCGGGCUUCUGUUAGAAACAGUGCUUACCAAAUGUUAUGAUACACAAAACAUCAGCAGAGGAAAGAAUCAGCGACCAAUCAGUGUGCCUAAUAAUUAUUAUUUCCAUGGUACCAGUAAUGAAGGUGCUGUAAAUAGAAAUAUUCUCUGUAAUCAGCGGUGUGUGUCAGUUGUAGCCUUGGCAAAGGAGCUGAGCUAUUGUAACAAAACACUCAGAGUCAAGGGUGAAGAAAAUAGGAAUAAACUGACAUCAGAUUCUGGUUGGAUUGAACAGACAACUCUCGGCAAUGUUCUGCUUAGGUUUACCAUGCAAUUCACAUGGUUCUUGUAUACACUUACAUAACUAUUUAGUGUCACGCUUAGCCUACAUGUUGUCUUGUCAGAAAAAAGUCAAAUAAAAUUCAUUCAGCUCAAUCAUAUUGUUUGAUAUGAAUAUUAGCUGCUAUUUUGAUUUUUAAUGAAAAGUAAACAACAAAACCAUUUUUGUUGGAGGCAAACACUGCCUCCCAUGAGCACCUCACAGUUCCUGACCUUGCAGACUGUCCUGGGUGUAGUUAUCUUCUGAAACAGUGCUGAUGCCUUUGACCAAUAAGGACAGCUAUUGUUGAUGGUUAAGCAGAAAAAGAGUUUGUGUUGCACAUGGAAUAGAGUUAUUGCAGUUACUUGGAAUAGAUUCUCCUAUUUUCAUAUCCAAAUCAAACAUAUUCCCUGAAUUUUAGUUCAACAGGAAUUCAGUGAAAUGCAUUUCUUUUCUAUAUAGAUAUGAAUAUAUUGGGAAAGAAAAAAUAAUGUUGUAGUGGAAUGUUUGUUUGGUAAUGUAUUUGUUUCCAAUUGUGAUUUGCAGAGCAACUUUGGGAAAUUGAAACAUACCAGUGUGUCCAUGUUGAUUAAGAGUUAUGAAACAGCAUUCAAUGGUAUAGAAAUCGUGGCCCUGUUUUAUAGAACUAAGUGGGUUUAUUAAAUUUUUUAUCCUCUUAAGCUUUAAAUUCUUCAUUUCUAAGUUUUCAAUUUACAUUUUUUAAUAUGUAAUAAAGCAAGUAAAUGUUGGAAAUCGAAGAGAUCUAGAAACAAACCAAUCUAAAUGUACAAAUGGCUGUAGUUAUUGCAUUGUAAGUUAUAAAACUCUGUAGGUCCCCGGGGACAACUUUUGUCAGUUAACCAGUACAAAAUAAAAUGCAUAUCUUGAACUUGA